AUGCCUCGCGUGUUCUGGCUUCUCCUCACAGUGUUUCACCUCAGCCUGUCCCUCAGCCAUGCCGCCCCAUCAGUAACUGAGACACCGCCCAUCGGCAAACGUCUGCUAGCGCGAGCCAUAACUACCGAGUACUCGACAUGCGGCUACGCGAACGGUGACCCCGACGAGCCGAGGACCGCCGAGCCGGGGCACAAGUGCCUGCUGAACCCCAAGAACAAACUCUUUGCGUACUGCGACGUCAACGCUGACCUGGAGCACUGCGGCAUGGUUGGGAGGUGCUUUGAUCAACAUGAUUGUAAAAAGGGAUGUGGCAAGAUGACUCAAUCAGAGUUGCUGGCCGUGUCUUGUGAAAAGAAGGAGUAUUGCUCCCUUGCUGUUCUUACUAUCCAGAAGGGCCACACCUACACUAACAUCGAAUGCGGCGCAAGAGCUGCUACCGAUUAUUAUCAAAUAACACCGAAUGCCACCGAAGGAGCAACUAUCGAUGGGACUACUACCGCAACAAUGAAACUGACCAGGACGGUGAGUGUCUUUUCGACACAGGCAACGGCCAAGACGGCGGAGGGAGUCUCUGAGGCCACCGAGCCAAGUACCGAGUCAGAGACCUCCGCAGAGACAACAGCUGAGGUCACCCCUGAAGCUUCAAACGAGGAGCCUUCAGGGGACUCUUCAAGUGGUUCUCCAACAAACACAGGCGCCAUAGUCGGGGGUGUCAUUGGAGGUCUCGUGGUAGUCUGCAGCACCGCCCUCGGCGCCCUCUACCUACUACGGAGGAACCGCAGCCAGGGUACCGAACCAGAAACGACAGAGCAGGGCACGCCUCCACAAGAGCCGUCGCAAACAUGGGCUCACCAGGAACCGAAACAACUGGCAGGCUGGGGACCGCAGGAGAUGCAGGGGAGCACGCACUUUGGCAGGGAUAAUGCGGUAGAACUGCCGAGCUGA